CAGGAGCAACAGGAAAAUGUCCACGCGGGAUGAAAAGGCAGCCACCCGCAGGGCCAGGGCGGCUUCCGGCCAGAGGAUGAGCAAGUUCUUGAGGCACUUCACUGUCGUCGGGGACGACUACCAAGCCUGGAACAUCAACUACAAGAAGUGGGAGAAUGAGGAGGACGAAGAGGAGGAGGAGCAGCAGCCACCCACGCCAGGCUCGGGCGAGGAGGGCCGCGCCGCAGGCCCGGAUGCCGCCCCUGGGCCCGCGCCCAGGCGCCCGCCUGACUUCAGGAGCACGUUGAGGAAGCUCUUCAGCUCCCACAGGUUUCAGGUCAUCAUCAUUUGCCUGGUCGUCCUGGAUGCCCUCCUGGUGCUUGCCGAGCUCAUUCUGGACCUGAAGAUCAUCCAGCCGGACAAGAACAACUACGCCGCCAGGGUGUUCCACUACAUGAGCAUUGCCAUCUUGGUCUUUUUUAUGAUGGAGAUUUUCUUUAAAAUAUUUGUCUUCCGCCUGGAGUUCUUUCACCACAAGUUUGAAAUCCUGGAUGCCAUUGUUGUGGUGGUCUCGUUCGUCCUUGACAUUGUCCUCCUGUUCCGGGAGCACGAGUUUGAGGCUCUUGGCCUGUUGAUCCUGCUGCGGCUGUGGCGGGUGGCCCGGAUCAUCAACGGGAUAAUUAUCUCAGUUAAGACACGUUCAGAACGGCAACUCCUAAGGUUAAAACAGAUGAAUAUACAAUUGGCCGCCAAGAUCCAACACCUUGAAUUCAACUGCUCUGAAAAGGAACAAGAAAUUGACAGACUUAACAAGCUGCUGAGACAGCAUGGACUUCUUGGGGAGGUGAACUAGACAGGGACCACCUUCUCCCAAGGAGAAGACUCCGCCUCCCAGGCCUGUGCCAGGAUGAGAGAGACAGCCACCUUUCCUGGGGCCAUUUGGUGAGAGGUUUGGUUCGAUGCCCUUGCUGUACUCCUGCCCAGCUUGGAUUGUGGGUAGACACGGCCCUUCAGAAGGUUCUAUUUCUUCCUUGGUGCCAUCCCAUUCCCACCCUGCACUGUAACAAAUGUACCAAACUGUAUUUUCUCAUAUUGAACACUUUACCUUUGCUUGAAAAUGAGCAAUGAAGCUGGACAAUUACUAGUUGUAUAUAGAAUUUAAUCUCAAAUGCAAUUUUCAAAUUUCACAAGUAUAUCGAGGAACUAGCACAUCCUUUCAUAUGAGUAUUCUGAAAGAAAAAGAAGCUACUUUAGCUACCAGCCCAUUCUAGAAAAGUCUUAUUUCCAAGCUGUUCUAAAUAGCUUCUCUUGUCCCCAUUUCCCCAGGGAAUGUGUUUCCCAGCUGUAUCAUGCAGCUUUUAGCAAGUGCCACCUAGUUCUUGCCACCUGACAACAUUUUUCUCAAUUACUGUACAAUUACUGUUUAAAAUAAACUCUCUCCUUCCCUUGGGCCCUCCUACUGUAUUCUUUCCUCUCUGGCAUCCCAUACCAGCCUGCCAGUUGGAGAGCUAGCUACAGUGCCUGGUACAGAAACAGCAAUCAGACCCAAGACUGCACUGUAAUUAACAUGAUAUUUGGGGGACGAUCCCCUCGUGAGGCUUUGUAUUCUACUCACAUGAUUUUAUACAAUAUUUUGCUACUUUUGUACUCAUUUCAACAGGACCUGAAAAGGAAAAAGAACCUGAACUAAAAACAAUGAAUAUUUUAAAAAUAACUCAAAGCCGGGGAUGAAUAAACUAGCUAGAUCUUGCACGCCUAUGCUACUUCAAGGUCUGUUCUCUUUAGACAAUUUGGUUUCCAUAUGUGAUGUACGUCUUGAGAGUAUUAGAAAGGACCAAGACCAGAUGUUUCCCCAUUCUAAAUUAAAACCAAAUAGAAUUAGAUUUCCAAAAGGAAAAAGUCAGGAGGGAAGUGAGUAGAGAGGGGCAGUAUGUCAGUGUGGAGUCAACCUCAAGGGUUAGGACACGUGUAAUAAAAUGCAAUGACUCUGAGGGACUUCUGACCCCACGCGCACUCUAUUCUAAAGGUGAGGACCUUGGAGGUGGGUGCAGUUUCCUUAAGUAACAACUUACAUCAAACAAACGGGAAGAAGAAGUCAAAGGGCAGCCUGGCGUUGAUGGCUGGCGGAGCGCGGAAGCCUGCCUCUGCAGGGGCAGACACAUCCACGAAAGUAACCAUGGUGGAAAUGAGAAUUAUCUUUUCAUUUCCUGCAUUGGGCUGUAAUAAAAAGUCAGAGAUGUGAGCCCCACUGUCCAGUGUAGUAACAGGAUCACAAAGAUGAGACAUUUUUCAUCCUCUUCUUCACUCAACCACUGUCCGUUCAGGAAUCUGAUAGGUAGCGGAGCACUAAUCGCCGCUAACUUGGAUGAGAGAAACAGUCUUCCCCAGGUUGUCCUGAUUAACACAUCUAUAUCAAUCAUAACUCAAAUUUCACGAGGAUUUUAAAGGUCACAUCUAAACCGGAAUGCUAAUGGGAACAGAACCACCGUCAGUGGAGCUGUGUUUUGUUC